AAAUUUGCUCUUUAUAUGUACAUUUUCUGCACAUUGAGAGUCUCAGAGGCUCAGAGGCUUAUUUGCUUUUGUGUAGAACAGAAGGCAAGUUCAGAAACUCAGAAAACUCUCUGCUAUCGUGCUAUUAAACAAUAUGUUUAGAGAGAUUAAUAACCAUUUCUUCAGCUAACACAGGAAACUAAAUGAUGCGCUACAUAUGACAUCAGCAACACGCCUUAACGACACUCAUUUGGCUGUUUGCUUGUUGGACAAGAGGGUCGAGUAGAAACGUUGCCUGCUGAAAGUACUGCUAAUUGUGGAGCAUUCCAAAAGAUCUAAGAAGAUAAACUAACCUACUGUUGCACACAGUAGAGAAAAAAACUGGUUUAUUUGCCUUGUGCCUGGGGAUAAGCUGCAGGUUCCCCAUCACCCUGUGUGGGACAAGAGGGACAGAAAAUGGAUGGAGGGUUUUAAAGUUACAUGUAGAAUCUUUAUAGAAGAAUGAUGUCCCUAAAAACAUCUUCUCUGCUUUGUCUGAUCUUUCUCCUCAGGAUCACAGCAGCUCUGGGGACUGAAUGGAGUGUGAAAUACAGCCAAAGAAAUCUCUGUGCUUUAAAAGGAUCUACAGUGUUUAUGAACGUCACUUACACACACCCAACACGUCUUACAGUGAAAGACAGGUUUUGGUUAAUAAACCCAGUUAAGGGUAAAGAGCCGACUGAUCUGUGUAAUGAACCAGGUUACUCAGGUAGAGUGCAGUAUUUAACAGAUGGACAGAAUCACUUCUCCCUCAGACUGAGUGAUGUGAAGAAAACAGAUGAACACAUGUACUGCUUCAGAAUCACAACAAAUGAAGAGAAAGACAAAUACACUGGUUAUCCUGGAGUUACACUCACUGUUACAGAUCAUCUUGAUGUUCAGAUCACUCCUGCAGAAGUGACAGAGGGACAAUCAGCCGUUCUGACCUGUAAAACCACCUGCAAUCUGACUGAUCCAACAUUCAUCUGGUACAAAAACAGCCAUCAUUUAACCACAAAGACCAGCGAGGGCAAUGAAGUCCGUCUGCAGUCAGUCAGCAGUGAGGAUGCAGGCAGUUAUAGCUGUGCUGUAAGAGGAUAUGAACAUCACUCUCCUGCUCAAACCCUCAGAGUCAGAUAUGGUCCAAAGAAUGUCUCAGUGUCCAUCAGUCCCUCUGGUGAGAUAGUGGAGGGCAGUUCAGUGACUCUGACCUGCAGCAGUGAUGCUAACCCACCUGUGAAGACCUACACCUGGUAUAAGCAGGCGACAUCAGUAGGAACAGAAAAGACCUACACCAUCUCCAAGAUCAGCUCCAUGGACACUGGAGAGUAUAAGUGCAAGUGCAGUAAUGAAGUCGGACAUCAGGAGUCCAGCAGUGUGUCUCUAAAUGUUCUGUAUCCUCCAAAGAAUGUCUCAGUGUCCAUCAGUCCCUCUGGUGAGAUAGUGGAGGGCAGUUCAGUGACUCUGACCUGCAGCAGUGAUGCUAACCCACCUGUGAAGACCUAUGAAUGGUUUAAAGGUACGACAUCAGUAGGAAAUGGAAAGACCUACACCAUCUCCAAGAUCAGCUCCAUGGACACUGGAGAGUACAAGUGCAAGUGCAGUAAUGAAGUCGGACAUCAGGAGUCCAGCAGUGUGACUCUGAAUGUUCUGUAUGGUCCAAAGAAUGUCUCAGUGUCCAUCAGUCCCUCUGGUGAGAUAGUGGAGGGCAGUUCAGUGACUCUGACCUGCAGCAGUGAUGCUAACCCACCUGUACAGACCUACACCUGGUAUAAGCAGGCGACAUCAGUAGGAACAGAAAAGACCUACACCAUCUCCAAGAUCAGCUCCAUGGACACUGGAGAGUAUAAGUGCAAGUGCAGUAAUGAAGUCGGACAUCAGGAGUCCAGCAGUGUGUCUCUAAAUGUUCUGUAUCCUCCAAAGAAUGUCUCAGUGUCCAUCAGUCCCUCUGGUGAGAUAGUGGAGGGCAGUUCAGUGACUCUGACCUGCAGCAGUGAUGCUAACCCACCUGUGAAGACCUACACCUGGUAUAAGCAGGCGACAUCAGUAGGAACAGAAAAGACCUACACCAUCUCCAAGAUCAGCUCCAUGGACACUGGAGAGUAUAAGUGCAAGUGCAGUAAUGAAGUCGGACAUCAGGAGUCCAGCAGUGUGUCUCUAAAUGUUCUGUAUCCUCCAAAGAAUGUCUCAGUGUCCAUCAGUCCCUCUGGUGAGAUAGUGGAGGGCAGUUCAGUGACUCUGACCUGCAGCACUGAUGCUAACCCACCUGUGAAGACCUACACCUGGUAUAAGCAGGCGACAUCAGUAGGAACAGAAAAGACCUACACCAUCUCCAAGAUCAGCUCCAUGGACACUGGAGAGUAUAAGUGCAAGUGCAGUAAUGAAGUCGGACAUCAGGAGUCCAGCAGUGUGACUCUGAAUGUUCUGUAUCCUCCAAAGAAUGUCUCAGUGUCCAUCAGUCCCUCUGGUGAGAUAGUGGAGGGCAGUUCAGUGACUCUGACCUGCAGCAGUGAUGCUAACCCACCUGUACAGAACUACACCUGGUAUAAGCAGGCGACAUCAGUAGGAAAUGAAAAGACCUACACCAUCUCCAAGAUCAGCUCCAUGGACACUGGAGAGUACAAGUGCAAGUGCAGUAAUGAAGUCGGACAUCAGGAGUCCAGCAGUGUGACUCUGAAUGUUCUGUAUCCUCCAAAGAAUGUCUCAGUGUCCAUCAGUCCCUCUGGUGAGAUAGUGGAGGGCAGUUCAGUGACUCUGACCUGCAGCAGUGAUGCUAACCCACCUGUGAAGACCUACACCUGGUAUAAGCAGGCGACAUCAGUAGGAAAUGAAAAGACCUACACCAUCUCCAAGAUCAGCUCCAUGGACACUGGAGAGUAUAAGUGCAAGUGCAGUAAUGAAGUCGGACAUCAGGAGUCCAGCAGUGUGACUCUGAAUGUUCUGUAUCCUCCAAAGAAUGUCUCAGUGUCCAUCAGUCCCUCUGGUGAGAUAGUGGAGGGCAGUUCAGUGACUCUGACCUGCAGCAGUGAUGCUAACCCACCUGUACAGAACUACACCUGGUAUAAGGGAAAUGAAAGCUCACCUGUAGGAUCUGGACAGAGUUACAGAGCUGUACAGAGUGGACAGUACCUCUGCGAGGCUCAGAAUAAACACGGCUCUGAGAGAUCAGCUGCAGUAACUGUCACUUUAAAAGGGUCCCAGAGCGUAGGUGUAUAUGCAGGUCUUGGUGUUGUUCUGUUUGUGUGCAUUUGUCUGACUGUCACCUUCUGGUGUAUAAGGAAAAAGAAAAGAGCUGGUUCAACGCCAGACCAAAGUUUAAGACAGGAUAAUCUUUAUGCCAACAUAGCAAAUCCAACCAACACUGUAUCUGAUUCAGCCUCAGCCCAUCAGGAUGAAGUUCUGUAUGCCAGUGUUGUACACCAGAGGGCAGUUGAUCCCAGGAAAGCUGAGAGUUCUGCUGUGAAAGCUUCUGCCUCUGAGGACGGGGAGGUUCAGUACGCUAGUGUUAGAUUUAAACGCACCACUACUGCUGACUACAGGCCUUCCAAUGUUGAGGAUCCCACUGUAAUCUCCAGCAGAGUGAAAUAAACAACUUUCACAUAUUAAUUCAAUCUCAUCAGAAGAUCCACAGCAGAAACCUUAUAGAAACUUUGAUGGCUAAUUUGUAAAAUUAAACUUGUUGUUACACUGUACGAUUACAGCAGUGCUUUAAGAGCAUUCACACCAGACCAGUGACACUCAAUCAUCUGCUGGUUAGCGUGUCACAUUGUGUGUGACAAAUUAUCUGCAAAACACAACUCACACACAAACAAUUUUUAACACAAAACACCUACAGUGUAAAACCAUCUUUAGACCUUCUAAUGGAUGAAUACAUAGAUACAUAAUACAUUAUAGAUAGAUAAUAUAGGAUAGUAUACAUAGGCCCUUAACUUGUAAGUUCUGGUGUGACUGGACCUGUAUCUCUCUUAUACACUUUGCAGUGAAUUUCUUCCACACACUGGUUUCUGGAAGUCUACAAUUAACUCAUUGGUCUUUGUGGCAUUGAUGGUGAGGUUGUUGAGGGAACACCAUGCUGAUAGUGUUUGAACCUUCUCCCUUUAGACCAAUUCAUUGUUUUUGCUGAUCUGACCAAGCACUGAGGUAUCAUCUGCACACUUGAAGAUGUUGGUGUUAUGCAGAGGGACACAGUCAUGGGUGAACAAGGAGUAGAGCAGUGGGCUUAGCAUCCAGCCUUGUGGGAUGCCAAUGUUCAAGAUGAGGGUUGAGGACAUGUGAUUACCCAACCUUCUAUUACUCAGAAAGUCCAUAAUCCACCUGCAUAUGGAAGUGCAUAUGCCCAGGUCACUAAGCUUAGUGAUCAAUUCAGUGGGAACAACGCAGCUGUGUGAGAGCUAAAUGAAAAGAAGUGGAAAUGGUGUCCUCUGUGGACCUGUGAAGGUGGUGUGUAGUAGCAAACUGGUCUAAUGUAGGUGGUAGGUCUCAAAGCACUUCAUAACAAUAGGAGAAAGCACAACAGGGCGUAAAUCAUUCAGACACUUUGCAGAUGAAUGCUUAGGCACUGGUUUGAUAGUUGUAGUCUUCAGACAUGUUGGUAAAAGUAGCCUGGGCCAGUGACAGGUUGUAAAUGUCACUGAAGAUUUUUCCAGUUGGUCAGUACAUGCCCUGACCACAUGCGCAGGUAUGCUAUCAGGGCCAGCUGACUUUUGUGCAUAUACUCUGCUCAGUGCUGAGUGCACAUCUGUUGUGGAGAGCGACAUUAGAUGAUCAAAUGUGGAGGAGUCAACAUUUGUGGUGUGAUGUCUGAUGUCUUGGUCAAAGUGAACAAAGAAGUGCUUGAGAUCUGAGAGGAAGGCAUUGCUAGUUGGUAGUGUUUGUAUUGUAGGUUUGUGGUCAGUGAUAGUCUGGAUUCUUUUCCACAUGCAUAUGUGGUCGGAGUUGCUGUGGAAUUGCUCCUCGAUAUGAGGUUUAUAAAGGCUGUAAAAGCUUUCCUAACACCCUUGUCCAGGUUGGAGCUGGCUCUGCUAUAGUCCUCUGCAUCAUCCAACUUAAAAGCAGCAUCUCUAGCUUUCAGCAAGAGACGGCUUCUGAUUAGGAAAGUUUUUACAUGCCUGACAGACGUUGUUAAAAUGUGAUGUUGUUAAAUCAUUUGUUGAUAUGGUCCAGAACAGAGGAUUUAUAAAUGACUAUGUCUGUGUGUAGGCCUGAACUGGCCUGUUAGGCAAACAUGCUCCAGUGUUGAAACUGUUGCUGUAAUGAAGAAAUGUCUCCCUCUGGCCAUACCUUCACUGUUUUCACUGAUGGUUUCACAUGUUUGAUGAGUGGUGAUCAGACAGACCCAAGUGGGGAAGGAAAAAAGCCUUGUACGCUUCAGUAUUGUUUGUAUAUACAUAGUCCAGUGUGCUGUCCCAUCUGGUAGAGCAGGGGACAUUCUGAUAAAAUUUAGCAGUGGCUGAGAAUUCUCUUGUUAAAUAAGAGUGUCUGAAUUUAAUCAUCAUAUUCUCCACAUGGGCCGAGGAACGACUUUCAGUUACAAUUGAGUCUGUGCACCAAGAUUAAAUAAAAUCUCAAAUCAAGACAAGUUUAAGUAGAGAAUAUUGGAUAAGUGUAAAUAUGUAUCAGGAUUAAACUGCUCACAGUUUGUAUAUAUAAAGAUAACUCAUUAUAAACUCUCCACCCUUAGUUCAGAAUCCAGCUUUAAGACAAUAAAAUGCAAAAUGCAGCUUUCUAGUAAAGCAUAUAUGUAUCAGUAAAUAUUUAAUCAUAGUUUUAGAACUAGGUUUUCUAAGCAUUAUAUUUGAUGGUUUUCUUGUUUUGCUGUUAAUUUAUGAUUGUUCUGUUUUCUGCUCAUGGUCAGUAUGAUUUACAGGAUUCCAUUUAAUAUGUAUGUGUAUAGUGUUUAUCACAUUUACUCUGGUGCAUUAAGUUGCAGUGUGUCUUUAAAUGAGGCCAUUCAUUUGUGUAUUGUGUACUAAGUGUGUAUAAUAAACUAAUCUAAAUGAAUAUUGUUAUUUUACUUUAUCAUGCCGGUGUAUUGUACAUCAGUGUUUACAGUCCUGUAAAGCCAUAGUGGUUCUCUCUCUGGCCAUAACCUGCUGUGACUCGUUUGACCUGAAGGAGGAGCUGUUGGUUUCAUUUCUUUCAGUCAUGUGGAAAGAACUGCUUCACACACAUUAAAUGAGUUCUUACGCAAACAGAAACUUUCAUUUUAUACUGCAU